AUGGAGGCUCAAGACAUAUCCAUGGUCGAUGAAGAUGAACAACGCGACGAGGUUGAAGCCCGCUUACCUCUUUCCGAAGAUGAGCAGCGAGUAUUGGAUUUAUACGACCAGCUGCAGCAGUUGAGGCUAGAGAUUGCAAUCAUAAAUACUCAAUCAUCUUAUGAACCAAAAACAUCUCACAAUGAUGAAGCGGUAUCAGAAGAAACUCAGCAAGCUCUCCUCGAAGCUAGAGCCAACUUCCGCCUGCGCAACGACGUGGUUGAAUCUGUCAUGACGGCCAAUCCCAUCCUCAAAGCCGUCCACAACGGCACUAAUGCAGCUCCUGCAGAAAAAGAUCUUCUCCCACUUAUAGAACAGCGCGACCAAUCCGCCAUAAACGUCGCGAAGCACGCCACAGAGGUAGCCUUUAUCCGGAACGACCUCACCCAAGUCCAAAGCGACACAGCCCGCGUGAUUCGAAGGAACGUUGGUCUCACGUCGACGCUGUUCGAACUAGCGGAGGAGGUGAAGCAGAAGCAGGCCAGCCGACUUGAUGAUGAGGAGACGCAGAGCGAGAUUCGGCAGCUGGAGGUGGCGAUGAUGGCGAGUAGGCAGCGGUGGAGGGUGAUCAAGGGCGUGGCGAGUGGCAUUGUUGCGGGCAGUGGAGUGGACUGGGCGAGGGAUGCCAAGUUGCGCGAGGUUGUUCUUGAUCUUGACGGUGAUGAAUGA